AUGGGGUGCACUUCCUCCUCUCUUUCGUUUCGUGAUGUAUACAUCGACCUCCAACAGCGCUGGGGUCUAGACCCAAAGUUGUACGGGGUAUUGGAACCGAACGGUGUUAGUGAAAGAUCGAGUGUCUUUGCGUCACGCGCGAGCGAUGCAGCGCGGCAGGCGUCCCAGGAGUUCCUCUUACGAGACGGACGCCUUUUCACGUGCGAUUCCCUCCUAGUCGAACAGGCCUCUCUUCUGAAGUAUUUCUUAUUUCCUAGUGAGGGAAAAGACACACCACAUCCGUACAAUGCAGUCCUAUUUCGGCGAUUGCUGUCCGUCGUGUCAGCAGAACAUGCUCGUCACGCCGCAACAGAGGUGUUUAGCAUCAUCCGAGAGGGCAGUUUCAUCUCCCGGUGGGACUACCGAGUUUGGAUGGUUGCAUGUUGUGAGUUCUACCAUGUGCUGGCGGUACUCCAAGAGCAAAAAGCACUCCCUAAAUCAACAAAGGCGUUCAUGAAGGCGCUCGCGCGGCUAUCGGAGCAAAGUGCUUUGCUCCAACAAAGCACCGAGGGUACAGUGCUGUUCCAAGAUACGCUGGAGGAGGUAUGGAGGGAGGGAUCGGCAGUUCAACUCACCUCGUCCAUGCUAGAGGGACUUGCCAUGGAACAGCUCCACUCUCAAAUGCCCUCCGUCCUGGCAUACACCCCCAAAAGUACAAGCACAUCCACAGCGACUUCAAGCGAUGACUCUCUAGCGCCACGACUCAUUGCUCUAGCGACAGAGUACGAAAAACGGGUUGUUCCGAUGACGGAGCGGCAGAGCAGUAAUCCCCUCUGCAGCUGUGACAUCGCCUCGGUGCGUUCGAGCGUCUCCCUUCUGGUGUUUGCUGAGUGGGCCGCAAUGGAGUGUGCGCUCUCUUUCUGCGGCCCGGAGGAGGACUUUGCGUCAUACGGAGUCGCACCAGUGCCGCUCUCCUCAGUAUUGCUACAGCCCAAGAACAGCCUGCGACAGCAGUGGCGCACGCGACUGCUUCAUCUGAGUGAAGUCAAGUGCGAGCUAGCGGAACUGGAGCCGCUCGGUCAUCUCUCCGAAGCCUACGGGCAGCUUCUAGCGAAAAAGGAAGCCCUCGAAAGGGAGAUGGAGAAGCAAGUCGAGAGGUGGCGCGGCAACUGCGAGGCGCUGUCGGCUGAGGAUGUCGAGGGCAUGUGCUGGGGACUGUUGGAGGUGAGAGAGUCUCUGCCGAAUCGGACCGUGCACCAAAUUUUGUCGCGCAAGGCGUUUGAGCACACUUCUGGAGUCGGCGGCACUAUUUCGACUACUAGCCAGCUGUGUAAUUACUUGAGGCACUACCUGGCACUCCAUGAUUUGUACUGCGACGUCCUCAUCCACCAGUUGAAGCGGUCGGAUCUGGAGGGUUUGGACGACGAGUCAUGCUUGCCAAGGCCUACUGAUUUCGACACCUUCCGCAUCGUAUUAGUCGCAGCGCAGGCGAGGCAUGACACCUGCCUCGAUCCUCUCCUGGGCUCUGCCGCAGGGUGCGGGCCUCUGAGAGCAGCAUUGACCCUGGAUAUUAUGCGUCGUCUUUUCAACUCCGUUGCCGAGAACGACAUGGAAGAUGGCGUGAGAGGCGUCAGCUUUGAUGCACUUUGCGCGAUGGUGGUGCGAGGUCUCGCGCAGGGGCGCCACGUAUCCCUGUCCCUGCGCUCUAUCGAUGAACUCCGUAGUGCAGUUGGCAUAGACCAAACGAAGCAGCGACACGCCUUCAUCGAGUCUUUUCUCCGUGAGGUCUUCACCCUCAAUCAGGAGGGCUUAUCCGCAUGCGGCCCACUGUUGGCCGCGAAAGCGCUUGAGGCCGUGGGGGGGCUGCCUCAGUACACCGAUCACAGCGCCUGCGUAGCUGCGAUGGUGGUGCGGUAUGCCUCCCUUGAGCCUCGCUGCUGGUGUGCUCUUUCUGCUAGUGACGAGGUCGAGUUGGCAGCGGUGACAAGGUGGCUGUACCGGCUACGUUCUGAGUCACUUGAUCGUCUGUCACUCAUGGAGAACUCUACAUGCAUGGAGUUUGCUGUGCGCACACUUUUCUGCGUCGCUGCUGCGCAACGCGGCUUCGAGGACACUGCACCGAGGGCCGAAAAAUCGGUGAAUUCUGAUAUCAGCUUCGGUGUCGUUCAGCUCAGCGCGACGCGGCCACUGAUGACCACCGGCGUAACUCAGGCUCAUUUUGUCCGUGCUAUGGCGGCUAUUUGCAAGUACCUGGAGUGUCCGGCGGAUGUGUUGUUGAAUAACUCAAACGCCCUUUUGCUCCCGACGAGCAGCGCGACCGAUGUCCUUGCCACCCUAACGAUGAGCCCCCAAUUCACUGUUGAGAGUGCUUUUCGGUCUUUCCAGGGUGUGCCGCACUCGGCGGUCGACUGCCACGGUUACGACGACGGCGAAGUCGAACAACGGAAUGCACCGGACAGGACACCAACAGCGAGGGUGCGUCAAAUUCUUUUUGUGAUUGUGUUCAACUACACGCGUCAGCACUGCUUCAUGGACUGGAGGACCCACACGCAGUACGCUGACGGCUCCGUCACGUCUUCAGCGGCGGAGGACGGCAGCAGCGGUGACUACCCGAAGUGGGAGGGUGAGAGCACGCUGCUGGCCCUCAGCCACGCAAUGCCACUGCAAACUCUCGUCGGUUGCUAUCGAGUCUUUGCUCAGUUGACUGAGCGGGAAGCACAGCGAAACGGACCCGCGGAAAGUGCACGCGGUAGGCAGUCGCUCUUUCUCCAUGCAUUAUAUACGAGAUACAUGCUCUUCUUUCAGCAGCUUCACCUUGACGAGGACCACGUGGCUGAAGUGGGCGCGCGCGCGCUUCAGUUCAUAGUAAGCCAAAGUGGUUGCGGCACCUGCGACCAUGGCGAGCUGGGCAUCACCCGCCGCGGCUUCAGCUCCUUCUUGCAGUUUAUCUUGGGGUACUUGAUGACGGAAAAAGCGUACGAAUCGGCGGUGGAAGCCAACACGGGGGUGAGGGGUGUCGCUCAGGAUGGGACUGUAGAAGUGUUUCUCUCGGAGCAAGACUGCCUGAGCCUACUAGCGUACUUUGGUCGCCUUACUAAAGGUGGUAUUUCGGCCAUUCCUACGCUUGAAGAGGCGCAGCUAUGGCUUCGAUCCCAUUGCUUCGAAAACACAUACAAAGGGUUCAUCUCGCUGCAAAACAUGUGUCUCUGGUACGGCUCUUAUCGUGCGGAGCAUUACGCGCUGGAGUCCUUGUACGAUUGGUGGAGGGAGUCCUAUGCGCAGCGCAUCCCCUUCACAGCGUCCACAGAGCACCGCUGCGAGCGGCAGUCCACGAUGCGGGAGAUUCUCCGCCUAAAGCAGCAUCGCGAGCACUUGUCAGAAUCGUACCCAGUCGAGGCUUCUGAGGACGAAGACGGCUUCCUUCCAGUUGAGAUCACCUCUGCUGUGCUGGAGCGCCGCUGGGGCGUCAGAGAAGUAACCACUCGCGUCUUUGGCAUGGACGAAGAAUCAACCGCUGGGGCAACGCCACCUGGUGACAGAGGAGAGGCGCAAGCAUCUUCCUCUUCCUCGUCAGUGCCACGGUGGUUGGACAGCUGUGAGUGCGGGUCCAACGCGGCGCUUCACCACACCGACCCUGGCUCUCGCAAGGUGCACCGCCGUGAUUUCCGUUUCUUCUUGCAGUACAUGCAUCACUUUGUCUCUGCGUACAUUAGCCUGUACUACGCCCUCGCGGUGCUAGAGGCUUCUUCAGGCGCCGUGUCUUCUGACGGCAGUGUGCAUAGAGUCCCCAGCACCCCAGCAGAGUAUCAAGAAAAAAUGACAGAGCUACUUUCGCAGAGCCUGCUCCCCCUUCUUCCUUUGAUCGCAAUGCCCGCAGAGAUGUCAAGUACGCUAUCCAGCGUAGUGACCGACCUGUGGCAUGAUAUGCAGACGACAGGCAUCGUGCCGGAUGUGACCUGCCGGCGUGGUGCACACUCCAUUGCCGCUUUCCUCGUGAGCCACUCGCACCUCCUCUCCUAUCGCGUUCGUCAGUCAUACUUGGAGGGCAUCGAGGCCCAAGACAUCCAUGAGAUGCUGAACACCCAAGGUGCCCUUCUCGGCGAGAUGGGCAGCUACGAUACCUCUGCAAAGUUGUCCUACUGGGAGUGCCUUCGCGUUCUGCUGCCCUUUGGUCCGUCACUGCAUCAGCGUCAGCGGCGUCGCGAGCUCUUUAUGUGGAUGGACCACCGUCAGCGUGGGUACCUGACGAUGUCCGACAUCGCGCGCGGGCUCAUGGACAGGGUUCAACUGCAGUCCUUUCGUGCAGACUUCAGCGCAGCGCUCCUGCGCGCUUUCAGAGCGACCAAAGACGUAGCGGCAGAACGUCAGAAUGUGAUAUAUCUCACACAGCACACGGAGGAGCAGGUGCUCAUGCCGUGGGAGUUCAAUGCCUUCCUGGCGUAUCUCUAUCGGUACCUCGAACUGUACUUCAUGUUUGAUGUGCUGACGUGCGGCGGUCAUGUCCACCCGGAAACGCUCCACGUCGUGCAGAAGCAGCAGCGAUAUGACACCGCUGACCCAGAUGAGGGCAGGUCAGGCGGAGAGUCCGUUGGGGCUAGGAGGAACAAACGAGCGGAUGGUGCCGAAGAUGCAGCUGUUGCUGCGGACGGCGUGGCAGUGACUCUGCACACUCGCAGCGCUGCGGUUGACCUCUAUGAGGCAUCCACACGGCCCUAUCAAAUCACGCUGGAGGCGGGACUAAUGAAGAAGGAGGUGUCGCUGGCUCAGUUCCGUAUAGCACGUCAGCUUCUCCGUCAAUGGGGUGCACAUGUUGAAAACCCCGUGGAGGUGUUUGAGCACGUCGACCGGCGGUGCCAUGAGGAGGGAACGAUGCUCUUCAACGGAUUUGCCAUCUGGGCGUCUGAGCACGAUCUCCAUCCAGCAGCGAAUGACUACGGGUAUGUCGACUCCGUCGACGGGAUAGCCAUUAUGGAGGAAGACUGUGCCUCCCGGUGA